CUUGACUUUGAUCGAUCGCGGAGUACGUACCCACUGCAUUUCUGCAGGCUUUACAAUAUCCCGAGACAGUACAAUCUCUUAUAACUCUUAACUGGCUGCUCCUGUUCGGCCUUUGGUGUCUCUAUCUCGCCCAAAAUGAACCGCCGCACAACCAAUACGCGCACCGUCUCCUUCGACGUCCCCGCGGGCAUCAACCCCAGCGCCAUAAUCAGGCUCUUGCACAACCACGUCGGCUUCAUCAAACUGAACCCAGUCGUAAUAAACGUGACAAAAGUCGCAACGGACCCAAUCGAGUACGAAGACAAAUGGUUCCUCGCGUCGGCAACGCAGCCGCCCAUCGAGACAUACAGACUCAGCAGCGCAAUCACGAUACUACCGCUGAUCGGGCGCAAGGGCCAGAAACUUAUUGAGUUCGAGACGUCGUUGCAGAGUACGGAGAAUGGGUUGAGGUCCAAGGCCGAUGCUGCGAUGGAUGUGUCUGUUUGGAGUCACUGGUGGGUUGACACUUCAGAUGACGGGAUCUCUACGCUCUCGGUGGAGAGAACAGUCGAGUGUUCGUGGUGGGUUAUGCCUUUUGUGACGUCGACAUAUGAUGGAGUGCAUGCGAGCGUUGGGAAGCAGUUGAUAGAAGGGGCUCGAUGAUUGGUCUAGUGUCUAGCUGAUGUAUACUAGUAUGGAGCUGAUACGGUAGAGUGCAUAUCGCAACUAUUUUUUCGUUCUAUGACAGC